AUGCCUCGAAGCGCAACCGUGUGCCGCUACUGUGGAGUUAGCUACCUCAUCUACAGCGAGUUCCACAAACUCAACACCAGGAUCGCUCAGUUAGAAGCCGUUCUCCAGGAAGCAAGGGAGUCUGCACUGAAGGAGAAAACCCAAAGAGAAGCACUGGAGCUGGACAUGCAAGAGUGGGAGAAGGCCCUUCAGAGCCAAGCACAGCAGAAAGAGACACACAUGAACGAGGAGUUUGAGGAAAAAAACAGACAGCUAAAACAAGCCAUGACCAGAGAGUUUGAGGACAAGCUCGAGAAGGACAGGCUGAUAAGAGAAGGCGAGGCUCGAAAAGUCAACGAGGAGGCAUUGAAACAACUUCGAAGAGAAAUGGAAAAGCUCCAGUCCCACAAAAUUGCGACACAAAAAUCCGAGCUAGAGGCAAAGUCUGCGGCAAGAGAGAAAGUUCUGGGUGACGCACUACAGGAAGCCGAUAAAAGGCUGGAGGACAGCAGAGAAUACGGCGAACAGCUGGAGCAGAGGUGA